CUUGCCUCCCCCCCCUUCCCAGGAAACACUACUUAAUGUAGACAUCAGAUUGAAUUCAUCCAUAUCACUUCUCAUCUGUAGCAGGAGCUGCCACUGGCAGUUCUAGAAAAUGUCUAACACAGAGACCUGCCAUGAAGACCCAGAGGUACCAUAUGCUCCCAGUAAAGCCUUUGAGAUGCCCCAGAUCAGCAAGAAAGAUCUGAAUUCUCCCCACCCCACCCAUGAUGACCAGGAAGCACCUAACAUACCCAACAGAUACCAAGAAAUUACUAACUUGGCCUCUGAAGUCUUGGGGAUGCCUCCAACAUCUAAUGAAGGUAUGAAUGUUCCACAGGUUACCGACAAAGAUUUGAACAUGUCUCAUCCUCCCUGUGAAGGUGCAUUGCCCUCUCCACCUGCUCAAGUUCUAAAUCCGGAGAGUUCAGUUGCCCCAAUGGACUUAAGCCUUCAGAAUCAGGUGACGGCCACCUCAUCAGGACAUUCUGAGGUUUGGAAGAAGGGAGGCCGUCUUCUGUCUGCGCUUAUGGCCAUUAACAUUGGUCUGUUUGGCAGUGUUCUUGUGAGUAGCGGAUCACUGGAACAUGUGUCUGUACAGGAUAAGGAAGUGCUGGCAUUCCUUGUUGUUCUUAUGCUGCUUUCUGUUUUCUGGAUGAUUUUCCAGUUUUAUUUCUCCUGCCAAAAGAAUGCUGUUCUGUUCAAGGAUUCACAUGCGGGACCAGUGUGGCUAAGAGGGGGUCUGGUGUUUUUUGGUAUCUGUAGUCUGGUUAUGGAUGUGUUUAAGAUUGGAUAUUACAUCAGUUACAUCGAUUGUGAGUCCCCAAUCAAACUCAUUCACCCCAUGGUACAGAGUGCAUUUAUCAUUAUGCAGACUUAUUUCCUCUGGGUCUCCAGCAAACACUGCGUGCAAAUUCAUACAAAUAUUUCCAGGCAUGGCCUCAUGUUGAUACUUAUCACCAACCUCAGCAUCUGGAUGGCAGCUGUAACAGAUGAGUCUGUCCACCAAACCAGAGACCUUGAGGACGACCAUAAAAUUGUCCACAGCAACUCAGUUGGGUCCCAUGACCACAAAGAAGUAGGAGGAGCACAUGAACACACCUGCCAGUGUAGCAAUCACCUGUGUCACAUCUUCCAGACAGGAUAUUACUACCUAUACCCAUUUAACAUUGAGUACAGUCUAUUCGCCUCGGCUAUGACAUAUGUUAUGUGGAAGAAUGUUGGCCGUGAAAUGGAUGACCAAGUGGCUCAUCACAGUCACCUCAGCCUUUGCUUUUGUUUUAAGAACAUGUUUGCCGGGUUCCUAUUCGGAGGGGCAGUCUUACUGUGUGGUGUUGUUGUCCUUGUCAUCUACAAGGUCAAGAUCAACUUGCCAGAUAAGCUCUACAGGGCACACAUCUUGUUCUAUUCAUUCAGUAUCGUGGCUCUUACUCUCAUGUCGCUGGGUUCCUUGGCUGGAUCCAUUAUAUAUCGUUUUGACAAGAGGCAUAUGGAUGUUCAUAAGAAUCCCACUCGGACUCUGGACGUUACCUUGCUCCUAGGGGCAGCCUUGGGUCAAUACUGCAUCUCUUACUAUUCCAUUGUAGCUAUGGUGGUCCCUUCUCCUGGGGAACUAAUCAAAGCCCUAAAUUUGGUCUACUCAAUACUCAUGAUAGUGCAACUUACUCUUCAGAAUACCUUCAUCAUAGAAGGGCUUCACCGAGAACCUUUUCAAGAUGCUGCCCCACAACCAGAGAAGGGUCUUAUCUUUGCCAAUGAGACUGUGGCUCCUUCCCUAUCUCAUAAUGAACCCCCAGGAUUCCCAGCACCAGCUCCUGAUAUCCCAGUCAAACCCAAACAGAGUAUAGCUGAACCCCCAUGGAAUCUCAAGCGUAGGCUGGUUCAGGAGAUCUCGCUCUUUCUUCUGCUUUGUAACAUCAUUCUCUGGCUAAUGCCAGCAUUUGGCGCACGCCCACAACUGAAGAAUAACCUGGAACUGAAGUUCUACGGACUUUAUGUGUGGUCUAUAAUAACCAAUAUCUGCUUGCCCUUUGGCAUUUUCUACCGCAUGCAUGCAGCCGCCAGCCUAUUGGAAGUAUUUCGAAUGUCAUAGGCUGGACAGAGGUCUGUAAUUGGGUCAGAGGAUACAGUGCCAAAGAGAAGGUGGAUGAAGGAAACUGAAGGAUAAACUCAGGGAUAUUUUUUCCUGGAUUCUGUGCCUUAAUAAACAUCUCCGUGAACCCCCCCCCCCCCCGACAUGUCAGCUGAGUGACUAUCUUGGACCCUCAAGUCAGAUAAUCAAUUAAAUAAUGAAACCACUUUACUAGAAUAAGUAAGUUGGAUAAAAUAUCUUGAGUCGAUCCGAGCCCCAGAAUUCCCAUGGCUCAAAAUUCAUGCAAAUAAGGUUUAUAUUUAUAUCAGAUGAAAGGUCUGUACAUGGUUUCCUGUUUAUCCAAGUUGUACUUCUUCUGUAUGACUCCUGAUCAUGGGCCUUGGAUAAAUACCUGUUUUGUCCAGUUAUUCAAGCAUAUUAAAGAUAAUAAGGAAAGGCCCCAUAUUUUUGACAGUGCUAUUACUGAUCAGAUCCAGUUCAAUGAUAUGGAAUAAGGAGACAUUUUCUACAUGUUGAGUAGGCUUUUGUAGGUUAAAUGUUGUAUUUAUACAGGAGAUGUAGAUUGCUGUUUGUGUACAAAUGUAUGGAAAGGAGAUUUUGCAAUAUUCCAAUAUUAAAGAAAUAUUAUAUUGCCA